AGCUGAGUGAGAGGUGGGAAAGUCACUGGAGGAAAGGUAAGAGGCAAUAUACCGGCCAACCCAUCCCUCCCCCUUGGGUGCGACCGGGCGACCGCCGUCGACUCGAGAAGACACCAGAGAUGAGUCUCGUGCCGCUUAGUGCAUCGACUGCUCCAUUGUGAUCUAGUGCUUUGUGUCCCGACAAUUUUCGCCGGAUCAAAUAAAAGAUAUAUCACUUUGUUCGUGAAACUAGGAAUUUCGAUAUGAAGAUAUAUUUCUCUGUCUGUGUUCUUUUGAGUGUGGAAUGCAUCACCGGAUUGGAUCCAACGUUGGAUGGAGACCCGAGACGCACUUUUCCCGCCAGAAGAGCCAUAGAUGGAUCGCGCGGAAGAAAAUACUAUGUGCCGGAGGAGGAGGAUACCUUCGACAUUUAUGGAGCUAGCGGUCAAUAUGAUCCUUAUAGAGACACGACAGAUUUUUCAGAUAUCAGGACAAAUGUUCCAGGUGAACCCGGAGUCGAUUACCCUUCGUAUGUGACGAUCCCACAGACAAGCUUUCAAUGCCAGAAUGAAUACAGAGGAUACUACGCAGAUGAAGAGGCUGGUUGUCAAUUAUUCCACGUUUGUGACGGUAAUUUCCUCGUCUCCUCCUUCCUCUGCCCGAUCGGUUCGACAUUCAGCCAGAAGUUACUGACCUGCGACUGGUGGAACAAAGUGGACUGCUCAUCGACCCGGAAUUACCACGUAGUAAAUCGAGACAGUUUGCUGAGCGAAGUGGACGACGACGAGAUUCUUCGCAAGGCUUACGAGAUGACGAGCCUCCAGACUUCUCGCAAGGAUGUUUCCAUCGAUUCAAGAUCUAGAAAUUCAAUUCUCGAAUCCGCUCGUUUCAUCAACGACCUGCAAACUAGUCCCAAUCGAUAUGGGGAUUACGCCGAUAAUUCCCCAGAGAUACAGUACAAAUACAGCUCAAGAUACAACUCCGAUGACUUUCGCGAUCGAGCACCCGAUUACUUCUCGAUGUUGAUCCAGCAAAAUCCGCGGAUAAAAAUCCACACAAUCGGCCAGGAUCACAAGAACGACGCGGAUCACCACAGCAGAGAAUUCAGACCCUCCUACGCACCAACAGUUCCAACUGUCACGACAACCACCCGAACAUUCUACUCCCCGACAGUGCCAACAACCUCGGCAAGACCCAUGUCCCGACCUCGUCAUGACCUGGAGUUCGAGAGUUCGGAUCACCUGUACUCAGCGAGAGGAAAGACAACAGAGUCUUCAGUGAGCCCCGCCACAAGGCCCACCAUUGGCACCACCACAUCAGUCGUCGUUGAAGUCCCGCCAACACUGGCCGACGCCUAUAAAUCAAAAAUCGAAGAUUCAGUCUCUCCCCAGCGUCCAGCAUCUCCAAAAGUCGAAGAGGUUACUGAAGUUACAAUGGACAAAGCGAAAAUGGUAACGGAAUUUUCAUCGAUUGAAUUCCAAUCGAUUUAUUCCGGUGAAAAUCACACAUUCCAAAUUGACAUCGAUGAUCAGAAUGCCUCUGCCAGACAGACCGGAUCAUCAGAGAUUCCGUCGACCAACAUCAUUCCUCCAUUUUUCUACUACUCCAAUGUCGACCAGCACGAUACAGCCUCCGCCAGUAAAAUUCAGGAAAGUAACUCGACUUCGUCCAACCAAUUCAUCAUAAAUGUACCAGCCACUGACGUUAUCCCCCCGCUAUUCCGCGACUUCGCAAAUGAGACGAGAAAGGAUUACGUGGACAAUCAGGUGAUACUUCCAGUCGAAGAAAUGAAAACACCUUUCACUGAAAUUAAGGGCAUUUCUCCAAUUAUCCAAAAUAAUCCUGGAGCUGAAGAAAAUACAUUCCUCGACGAUUCUGUUCCUCCACCUUCGAGAUUAUUUCUCCCACCGUUGGACGAUUUCCAGUUACAAAAUUAUACGAAUGUGAUUGAGGACGAUGUAGAACAAAAACGUGGCCAAAUCAAUGGGCCAAAUCGAGAGGAAAGACAUCCCGAUACAAUCGAGGGUGAGAGUUCACCGUACCAAGUGUCUCUCUCAGUGAAAGGAAACGAGAAGUUCGAUCCUCGGGGUGCAUUGAUCAAGCGUUUGCUCGCUCAACAUGAACCUUCGGGUGACAUUCGAGAGAUUGAGAUUGUGAAAUCGGAGAGAACCGCGGAAUCCACGAGUGACCUUCUGAGCAAUUCAACAAUAGAUUUGAGUGCCGCUGGCGAUGCCUCGAGAGCGCAGAUAAUCAAUUAUACAGUCCUUAAUAAAUUGCAGGAGAUUCGUACUCUGGGAUCUUUGUCAGAUCUGCGAAACGCAGAUCACCUUCCAAGGCCAUUCUCCUUGGACAUUCAUAAGGGAGUGGGUAAAGCUCCGUCGGGAGGGCCUCCAGUCGGUGAGAAAAAAUUCGCUAACAGUCAGGAACUUGAAAUUAAUCCUCACGAAGGAGUGGAAGUGAGGAGAGUGGAGGAACCACCAAAAAAUGAUCCUCCAUUUGAUCUUCCUGAGGUUGCCCGAACAGCUGACUUCAGGGGCGAGGAGAAGCUGGAGGACUCGGUGGGACAAGUGAGGGGGGACAAAGAGGAAAAAUCUGAUAAAGAGAAAGAUGGAACUGAGUUCAUACCUUCGAUUGGAUUUUCGCUUAACACAGCUGAGGAACGCAAGGAGUACACCGAGGCGGUGAUCCGUGGGCUCUUCACUGACCUUUCGAUUCCUAGUGUAAAUAGAACUACUGAUAGUUCUGAGAGUUAAUGAUUUUUAUUGUAAGAUUUUCUAAGAGUCACACAAGAGAGAAGGUGUUUAAGAUUAUGUAUAAAUAGAUCCUCUGAUUUAAUAAAUUCCUAUUUUUCCUUUA